CGUCCCUUAAAUGACACUUCCACUUGGGCAACUACAUCGCUUACCAUCCACUGAACUAACAAGUCUAUAGGAAAUCGAAUUCAACAUGGCAGGGCUGGAACCACUUGUGCGCAUGAUAUACCACGAGAGGCAGCAAGAAGGAUCAAAUCUUUGUGCGCAGCAUGCCCUCAAUUCACUACUUCGUACGUACCCCAUCUAUUGCUCGAUGUUAGUGUUCACCGGCUUUCAUUCACCAAUUCCAGAGGGAAACUAUUUCACAGCGCCCGAUCUCUCUCAAUUCGCUCGGAAGUUGGACAUACUGGAAGAGUCAUCGCGUUAUGACGACGCCAAUCGAGCACGUACUAGUACCAACAUGGAUGAUACAGGAUUCUUCUCCGUGCAGGUGUUAGAAGAGGCACUUAAUAUCUGGAAUCUCAGCCUCGUUCGAUGGCGCUCUGAAGCUAUGAAGCCAUAUCAGAAUGAGCCGCAUAACCAAAUCGCAUUCGUACUCAACCAGAAUCAACACUGGUACACGUUGCGACGAUUUGGAGAUCUCUCUAUUCCAGGUGAUGGACACUGGUUCAACCUCGAUUCCACCAAACGUCAGCCACGAUGGAUCAGCAAACUCUACCUUGGCAUGUUCCUGCAACAAGCUGAGAGUGACGGAUACUCUAUCUUUACAGUCACACAGAUCGAUCCAGAUGCACCCUCUCAAAUUCCCCACACAGACGCAGAUGAUAUCGCAUCUACUUUACCAGAUCCUACCUCGGCUUCAUCGUCACCCCGGGAUGACGUGGAGUCUGGCUUUGAGAACGAAGAUAUGGAGCUGCAAGCAGCCUUGCAAGCAUCACUGACUGGGGCUGGAGAACUCGGCGGUUCAUGGACUAUGCCGAUUUCCUACCCUCCCGCGCAGAGUAGUCUAUUCGCCUCUGAUAUUCGUGGAUCGGGUUCAACGAGAGGAGUUAUGCCGGGCAUUCCUCCCAACCAGGACCCGUACGGAAACGCUGACGUUGACCCAAUUACUGCUUCCAUGGAGCGCGAUCGUGUGCUCAUGGAGCGCAUGCGACAUGAACAAGAAUUGGGGUUUAGACAGCAGUAUGAGGAAGAGGCUGCACGGUUUGGAAGUCGGCAGCCCCCAUACGGAUCACAAGCAGAAGAUGGCAAUGAAGACGAGCAUCUCCGUCGUGCAAUUGCGGAUUCGCUAGCAGGGCGACACGCCAGAGGACUGGAUGAUGAUGAUUCCGAAGAUUCGGAUUACACACCUCCUCCCCAAGCAGGGAUACCACAUAGCAGGGGAAAUGUGGACCGAGUUUACGAUGACGACGAUGCCAACUUUCAGGCUGCGCUAAGAGCAUCAUUGGACCAUGUGUCAUCUGAAUUCAUCCCUCUUCCGGUACAACCACUUCAGACACGACAAGCACCUCCACCUCACAUCUCAGCAGCUGUUGAGGAUGACCAGAUUGACGAUCAAUCUGAAGCGGAUACUAGUACGAUUAUAUCUGAACCGGAAGCACCGAGAGAGUCUGUCAGUGUGGAAGAGAUGCGCAGAAGGAGGUUGGCAAGAUUCGGUGGUUAACGUUUUAACGUUGACCAGCGACAAUGAUUCAAGCUCAAGUGCGUUGUGUGUUAAAAAUCACAAUUAUCCCGACGUAUGAUACAGUAUAUGAGACGCUCGUAUUGAAAGGACUGGACUACUUCGUCUCCGAAUCACCCAUGCCCGUGGCGUGCUUAGCCUUCUCCAUCAAAGACUCCUACGAAAUUUUAUCAGUCACAAGUUAAUGAGAUGACUGUUCAACCUCAGCUCACCUGCCCUUCGUUGGAGUUUUCGCUCAUGGUGUCACCGGCCUUCUGGGUGGUGGAUUUC